AAAUACUGUGUCCAGUGGGUUAGGACCUCCUUUUUCUUGAUGGUGAUACAUCUGGUGAGGUAUCCCAGAAUUUUGUUUGCCUUCAAACCUACCGGGCCACAAUGUUUAUUCAUUUUGCAGUUUGUUUGUUUUUUAGUGCAAUGGUAACUGUUCAUAAUUAUUCUAGCAUUCUGGAAAUAUGCGUCUGUUCCGAGCUUUGUCCACACACGGAGCAUUAAAGCAAGUAGUUUUAUUAAGAGAAAGCAGUGGCAGGGAAAUAUGGAUGCCUAUUAAGUCCCUCUAGCCAGCCAGCUUCUCAAGAGACAUGGUGUACAAAUGAAAGAGCCACUUGUUUCAAAUCAGCAGCAGCACCUUGGCCCUGGCAAUGGGGCUAUUUAUUUUGUCCUUUCCUCAGGAUUGUCUUGCCAGCAUCCCCUUGAUGACCCUUCCUCUCCCACCACCCAGUUUCCAGGGAGAGAGGAGCGCGAGAGUGGGGAGGCGGAGCAAAUGGAGAGGGAGCCCAGAUUUGGGACACUAUGUUUUCAUUUGCAACCUGUGUUUCCUGAGAUUCUCCGUGAAGAGAAGACCUGAAGAGACGUUUCCUGAGACUGGUGAGCCCCUCAUCCUUAACUGCUGGAUGGAGGGUUAGGCUGGGCUAAAGCAGAGGAGAAAGAGCAGGGUGAGAAGCUAAGGACAAGGGGCUCACCUACGUCUCCAUAAGACUUCUCGGGAGACACAUUGUGCAAAUGUAAAAGCCUGUCCUGGCUAGGUGCCUCAGUGGCUAAGACACUGAGCUUGUCAAUCAAUCAGAAAAGUCGGUGGUUCAAAUCCCUAAUAUAGGUGUCCUGCGUGAGCAGAGUUGGACUAGAUGACCUCCAAGAUCCCUUCCAAUUUUGUUACUGUGAUCUCUUGGGAGACACAAUAUUUGGACAGGGACGGCACUUAUGCACGCCCCUUACAGACAUCUUAGGAAAAAGCUUUGAGGGGCCUUUUCUCCUACUCCCAUGCCCAUCAUCCCUGCUCUUCCCUCAGAUGUCCUCCUCUUUCCCGCCCUUUUCAGGGAAUCCUUUAAAUUUCCGCAGAAUCCACCAGGGGGCGCCCUCUGCUAAGAGAAGGGAACUCCAGGCGCUUCCCCUUUGGGCCACUGGAGGACGAAUGUCAAGGCUGCCUUUGAAGAGGAGGCUGGGAAGGAAGUGACAUCAUAGAGCUUUGCCUCUCUAGGACGCCGCGCUCGCUCUCCUUAACUCUUGGGGCUCCGCAGGAGGCGGAGGCGCUGCGGGAGAGUCUGGCUGGCGGGAUAUCCAAACGUGCCCCGGAAACUGGAAGCCAUUUGAAAUCUUUGCAAACCAAAAUUUAUUUCUUGAGGGAAGAAGAAAAAGAGCGGAAUCCCUUGGAGGGAUCAGUCCUGCAACACCAGAAAUGGUCCCGUGAAGGAAAAGGCAUCUGGAGACCCACCAGAGUCCUUGGAGCCAUUUGGAGUUGCUCUGCAGGACAGAGAAAGGAUGGAGACACAACCUUUUGGAAAGGAGGGAAGCGGAAAAGGCCCUUCAGCUGCUCAGCCUGGGAAGGGGGGGAAGCUCUGGACAAGGACUGGGCAGAAGAUCCUGGAGGAGGAAACCAUCCUCCCUUCAGAAGUUCAGCCCUGGAACUUCAUCCAAUACCGGGAGGCUGAGGGUCCCCGAGGACUUUGCAGCCGACUCCAUGGCUUUUGUAGGCGAUGGCUGAGACCAGAAAAACAAACCAAAGCCCAGAUGCUGGACAUGGUUGUUCUGGAGCAGUUCCUGGCUCUUCUGCCCCCAGAGAUGGAGGGCUGGGUGCGGGAGUGUGGAGCAGAGACCAGCUCCCAGGCGGUGUCCCUGGCGGAAGGCUUCCUCCUGAGCCAGAUGGAGGAGCAGAAGCAGCAGGUCGAGUUGCAGGGCUGCACUGUGAAGAUCAGAGAUCCUGACAGAAAGAAGAAUUCAUCAAAUCAAACAGUGGUUGAACCUCCAAAUCAAGAGAGUCUUGUGUCCUUUGAGGAGGUGGCUGUGUAUUUCUCUGAGGAGGAAUGGUCUCAGCUGGAUCCUGACCAAAAAGCGCUGCAUUCGGAAGUCAUGCUUGAAAACUAUAGGAAUGUGGUCUCUCUCGGUAACAUUGGGCAGGAGAAUCAAGAUUCCUGUGGACUGUUCCAAGUGAUCAAUGCUAAAGAUGGAACGGAGAACUUUGGAAUUCGAAUGGAAUUCAAAAGCCAUGAGAGAAGCCAGUCAAAUAAUUGGAAUCAGGAAAGUUCAUCUUCCACUGAUGCCCAACAAGAGAAAAUAAGGAAAAAAUAUAUUGGGAAAAGUGUGAAGCUAAUCAAAGAUAAAUUACAUGUAAACGAACACAAAGGAGAAGGUGGUAUAAGACACAACAGACAAAAUUACAGUGAGAUAUUCAUUCUUUGUCUUGGAAAUACCUUCCUUACAACUCAAAAAGUGAUUCACACAAAAAAGGAGCCUUAUAAAUGUUUGGAAUCUGGAAAACAUUUUAGAACGAGUGGGCAACUUACUUCCCAUGAAAGGAUUCACACUGGGGAGAAACAGUGUUCAGAAGCACCUGUAGCCCAUGCAGCCCAAUCCCUCCAGGUAGCACGAGAGAAACCAUAUAAAUGCAUGGAGUGUGGAAAGACCUUUGCUCGAAGAGGUGAUUUUAUUUCCCAUCAGAUGAUCCACACAGGGAAGAAGCCAUAUAAAUGCAUGGAGUGUGGGAAAACCUUUAUUCAUAGCAAUGGACUUAGAAACCACAAAACGAUCCACACAGGAGAGAAACCAUAUAAAUGCAUAGAGUGUGGAAAGACCUUUGCUCUGAGCAAAAGACUUACUGUGCACAAAAAAAUCCACACGGGCGAAAAACCAUUUAAAUGCAUGGAUUGUGAGAAAACCUUUACUCAUCGUGGUAAUCUUAUUUCCCAUAAAAUAAUCCACACAGGGGAGAAGCCAUAUAAAUGCAUGGAGUGUGGAAAGACCUUUGCUAAAAGAGGUAAUCUUAUUACCCACAAGAUGAUACACACAGGUGAGAAGCCAUAUAAAUGCAUGGAAUGUGGAAAGACCUUUGCUCAGAAUCGUCAUCUAUCUUCUCAUAAAAGGAUCCACACUCAGGAGAACGUAUGUAGCAAUUCUACUUUAGAGUUACAUACCAGUCCACAAAGCUUUAUAGCAGCCUUUGAGCAGUUCACAAAGUCAGCAUAUUGUCCCCAGGAAUCUGGGUCCUCAUUUUACCGACCUCAAAAGGAUGAAAGGCUGACUCAACCAUGAGCCGGUCAGAUCAAACUCCUGGCUGUGGGCAAUUAGCCCUAUGGUACUGCAUUCUAACCUCUGACCCACCAUGUUAACAAAUUGGUUAACAAACAUGGAUGUUUGUUUAAGCAAAUAACAUAUGCUGUAAUGUUAUUGUUUCAGUUGAAUAAAUCUAUUUAAAUUGUUA